AUGCGCACCACACCUGGCAACGCGCACACAUAUCUGGUCUCCGCUUCCCCCACCCUGGCUCCGGGCCCCGCGGAUCUGGGCGAGGCGAGCCGGCUGGAGUCUCUGCAGGGCGGUCCCACUUCCGCGCCCCCGCCGGGCGGCCGCCAGGUGCACCGUCCCGGCCCCCGCCUGGCCGGCCGGGAGGGGACGCCGGGGUCGGGAGAGGACCCGGCGUCCGGCGGGCCCGGCCCCGCGGGGAGGGCGGAGGGGGCGGUGCGGGAGCGAGGCGGCCCCGCCCCCGUCUCCAUGGCGACGCCGGCGCGGGGGGGCGGGGCGCCCGGCAGCGAGCACCGCGUCCCGUCCGCAAAUAGCAGCCUCGCCCCCGCCCGCAGCUAUUUUGAGCCCCCGCCUCCCCCGCCACCUCCGCGGCGCUGCAGCAGAGGCGCGGGGGCGGGCCAGGGACCCCUCCGCACGCUGGGGCCCGCGGCCGGCUGCUGCACCGCGGGGCGGGAUCUGGAGCCCCCGGCCACGCUGACAGCGAGGUCGCAGCGCCCCCUCGUGUCGGCGGGGAGAGCGCGGCGCAGCGGCCGCGGCCGGGACGAAGGCCAAGGGGCGGGCAAGCGGAAGUGGGUCAGCCCCGCCGCGCCUCGGCCACGCCCCCCGCGCACGGGCCGGGGUCUGCGGACCAUGCGCGUCCCCGCCAAUCCCCGUGCCCGGCGCCCAAGCGCGAGGGAGGGGGCGUGA